CUGGCAUGGAAGCUCACCUAUCUAGGGUUCACAAUGCCGUGAUUACUUUCAUGCCGUGUGACCCAACAGUUUGUGAAACGUACAAUCCCUCUUGAACAGUGAAAUUCAUUUAUUAUGGCGGACAGAUCACCUUCAUACGACCCAAGUGUACAGAGCAUAGAGGAACGAGUUGCGGACUAUGAUCCGGCAUGGAUAGACGAGGAGAACGAAGAUGAUGACGAUGACAUGGAUUACGUGCCGGCCGUCGAAGAUCUGGACGAAGAUGAAGAAGAGGAAGAAGAAGCGGCGUGGCAAGAUGCAGAAGAGAAUAUACUUCAAACGUUACUAGAGGAAGGAACUAUACAAGUGACGAUAGAGGGCAGUGAUCAUGAUGACAAUGACCAUGAAAAUCAUGACGACGGCGAGGAAGAACAAGACGAGGAAGAAGAAGAAGAAGAAGAAGAGGAAGAAGGAACACAAGGAUCUGGCAGAUCAAGGCCUGUUUUUGUGACUCGAGAACAACUGCUGCGGAUUGUGCGACAACCGGGUCUCCAACGAUUGUUGCGUGCACACGUUAUCGGCAGAUAUACCAGUGCAGAAUCAGAUGAUGAUGAUGAUGAUGACUGGACACCAUGGAGCAGAAGCGUGCGACAAUCUUCGCGUCCCUCAAGACCUAUUGAAUUUGAGAAGGUGCCAAGCGAAAAAGGCCGAGAGCUACUGGAGAACGGAACAUUUGGCGAUAAUGAGCGCCGGAUGGAUUCGAUACAACGAAAGAAGAAGUUGGCUCAUAGACUGCUGAAGAGGGAGCUUGGUUUAAGCUCACAAGGACAGCAGAGGACGAGCAAUUCCAUGAUCAAACAUGACAUGAUUCCUGAGUCUACGGCUGAUCAAGUAAUCAUCUACAAUGCGCGUUGCUAUUCCGGUCAGUUUUCUGCAGACGGGAACUUCUUUUUUUCAUGCGGGCAGGACUUUAGAGUCCGCAUGUAUGAUACGAGCAAUCCGUACAAGUGGAAGUACUACAAGGUUGUUGAUAAUCCUUACGGAUCUUGGACUAUCACCGAUGCAUCCCUUUCAACGGACAACAAGUGGCUAGCCUACAGCUCGAUUAGCUCCGUGGUAUGCCUUGCACCAACCGACCCGAAUGACGUUUCUCAUCCACGCACGCUGGACUUCUCACGCCUUGGCACAGGAGCUGGCGCCCGUGCCUACGCCCGCUUUGCCAUCUGGUCGAUUCGAUUCUCAGGAGACGGAAGAGAGAUAGUCGCAGGUACAGGCGACAGUUCGGUAUAUGUGUUUGACAUUGAGCGCAACCAAUCCAUUCUCCGUAUUCCCGGUCAUCGAGAUGAUGUCAAUGCCGUAUGCUUUGGCGACGCCGCAUCACCGCAUGUGCUGUAUUCCGGCUCCGAUGACACUACUCUCAAAGUAUGGGACAGACGUUCUCUUGGCGAGGGACGUGCAGCCGGUGUCUUCCUGGGUCACACUGAGGGUUUGACUUACGUGGACAGCAAAGGCGACGGCAGAUACAUUAUCUCCAACGGCAAAGACCAAACUGCGAAGCUAUGGGACCUUCGCAAAGUCAUCCCAACCGAGAAGGCGGACAAGGUGCGCAUAGAUAGGUAUACCACGGGCUUUGAGUACCGUAUGAACCCCUUCAACUACGACCUUUGGCGCCCGCACCCGCAUGACUGCUCGCUGGUCACCUUUAGGGGACAUCAAGUCCUCAAAACAUUGAUACGAUGCCAUUUCUCGCCUCCUGGAAGCACGGAUAGCAGAUACGUGUACUCUGGAAGCUACGACGGGAAGGUGUACAUAUGGAAUAUGGACGCAACGCUAAAGGGCACAGUGGAUGUCAGUGCCGCGACGAAUUUCUUGAGAAGCAGGAGUAGAGACGACUACGAUGAUGGAUUUUGGGGCGGCAGCAGCGGAUUCAAUACGUGUGUGAGAGAUGCGAGCUGGCAUCCUGAUGUGCCUAUGAUUGCUGCAACUUCGUGGAAUGGUUGGGGAACCUCGCUUGGAACGUGUUCUGUGCACUCGUGGAAUGAUGGUCUCGACGUAGACGAAGGCUUCCCUGCAAUGGGCGUGAAAUACAAGGCAAGGCUGGAAUUGGAUGAAGAACCACCCGAACCGCCUCGUGCACAGGGACGAUGGUGGAGGGCGACGAGGACAAGGAUGCUAAACGCGCAAUAAUUGAUGAUCCUUUAUUCUUCCUCCUUUCAUUUUUUCACUGUUCAUGCACAGAGACGAACUUCGAAAUCCUGCAUAGGGCACAUUGGGUCGCCUGUGGGGCAUGUGCUCGCACCUACAAUGGCAUGGUGUAUUAUUAGUUUUAUCAUGUAUGCGAUCCAAUGAAGACAGAAACGUAGAGUGUCCGAUUGUG